AUGGAGCGAAACACGUUCCAACUGGUGCUGGUUACGGAUGGCUGCAAGUCCUUCGUCCUGUUUAACUAUGACCAGAUCCAGUUCCUACAAGGGGGCAGCAGCGGUGGAGAUAGGACUACUGGUGCAGGGCCGAGCCCAGCACAGGUUGGGAUCAACGGGGGAGAUGGAACCCACUACACGAUCCAUCCGUACUCCAGAACCACCAACCUGUACAACCUGCCGACAUGGGCUGACCCGGCCGUGGCAGGGCCUGCUGGACGCUGGUACCGGAGGACUGACCAGGCUCUUAUCGGCAACACCCCAGCUUUAGUCUGCCCACGCAACAGAUACUUCAGGAGGCGCGGUGACAAGUGCCUGCAGUUCUUCCACACUGGAAGAACCUACUCUUAUCCUGAAGCAAAGGCAGUCUGCGCUGACGAGGGGGCGGAACUCUUCAUCAUCCGCAGUCAGGCUGACACCGAGUGGUUAACUGGGUUGCUGGAGCGCUGGAAUAGGCGUACGGGGAAGCUGCGUGAUGUGUGGAUCGGCCUGACGGAUGAAGACACUGAAGGCACGUUCGUGUGGGAGGACGGCACACCCUUCAAUGUAACCGGCUACGCACCCUGGGCUGAAGGUGUCAACGAGCAUAACAACGAGUUCCGGAACUGUGCCUUCAUGAACAAGCGGAAAAGCUGGCUGUGGUACGUUCAAAAAUGUACCGAACCCUGGGAGAAUGACGCCGGACCUAAUAGCCACAUCUGCGCAAAGAACGCAGUCCCCUUACGGCCAGAUUGCUGAACACAAAAGGGAUUUUUUUUUUCACAAUUGCUAAGUUGGCUCUAUGCAACAUGUAACCACCUGAAUAACAAUGUGUUCUUCAAAAAGUUUAGCUGCAUAGGAAGAUAUGAUACUUGCUUAGUUGAAACUAAAUCUCUCUCACGUUUUAUCAGCAUUAUACUUUUAAAUACAUUCCAAAUGAGCAGCUUACGCUUUGACAAGUAUUCACAUAUUUCAAGAAUUAGAUAUUUCCUACUGAAGAAAGUGGUUUGUAUACCGGAGAUGGAUAGAAAGAAAUAUAAGAAUAAAAGUCCUUAAAGACCACUGUUAACGGCUAGUAUCUGUACUUGACGCUGAAAAGCAGCUUACUUGAUACAUUUCAGCACAAUUCAAGAUCGUUUUGAUAGAAUGGUGGUAGUUAUCACGGUCAAAAAUAUUUGAGUAUUGUAUGAUCGUAAGAGCUUGAUAUAAACUGCGGUUAAUAUAACUGGUCGACCGGACGUCACACCUGUAAAACACACAAACACAAAUAAAACAUUUUAACUUACCUUU